GCUGCUGGAAGAUGGCGGCGAUGGCGACCGUCGCUUCGUCCACCACGGAGCCUGCCACAACGACGGCCACUGCCGCAGCUCUCGAGGCGGAGGAUGAAGGGCUCCUGGCAUCGCUGUUCCGAGACCGUUUCCCCGAGGCCCAGUGGUGGGAGCGGCCCGACGUGGGCCGCUACCUCCGGGAGCUGAGCGGCUCCGGGCUGGAGCGGCUGAGACGCGAGCCUGAGCGCUUGGCGGAAGAGCGACCGCAGCUGCUGCAGCAGACGCGCCAUUUGGCCUUUGCCAACUACAAGACCUUCAUCCGAGGCGCCGAGUGCACCGAGCGCAUCCACCGCCUGGCGUCGCUUGGCCGCCUGCUCGACCGCUGCUUGCCCAGCUUCCAGCAGAGCUGCAGGAACUUUGUUAAAGAGGCUGAGGAGAUCAGCUCCAACCGCCGGAUGAACACCCUGACUCUAAACCGGCACACAGAAAUCCUGGAAAUCCUGGAGAUUCCUCAGCUAAUGGACACCUGUGUCCGGAACAGCUAUUAUGAAGAGGCCUUGGAGCUUGCAGCCUAUGUACACCGACUGGAAAGGAAAUACUCCUCCAUCCCUGUCAUCCAGGGCAUCGUGAACGAAGUGCGCCAGUCCAUGCAGCUGAUGCUUAGCCAGCUGAUCCAGCAGCUAAGAACCAACAUCCAGCUCCCCGCCUGCCUCUGUGUCAUUAGCUUCCUCCGGUGCAUGGAUGUCUUCACUGAGGCUGAGUUGAGGGUGAAGUUUCUUCAGGCCCGAGAUGCUUGGCUCCGUUCCAUUCUGACUGCCAUCCCCAAUGACGAUCCCUAUUUCCACAUCACAAAAACCAUUGAGGCCUGCCGUGUCCAUCUGUUCGAUAUCAUCACCCAGUACCGUGCCAUAUUCUCUGAUGAGGACCCAUUGUUGCCCCCUGCCAUGGGUGAGCACACUAUAAACGAGAGUGCCAUCUUCUAUGGCUGGGUGCUACAGAGAGUCUCACAGUUCCUGCAGGUGCUGGAGACCGACCUUUACCGGGGGAUUGGUGGUCGUCUAGAUUCUCUGGUGGGUCAGUGCAUGUACUUUGGGCUGUCCUUCAGCCGGGUUGGGGUUGAUUUCCAGGGCCAGUUGGCUCCUGUUUUCCAGCGGGUGGCCAUCAGCACUUUCCAGAAGGCAAUUCAGGAAGCAGUGGAGAAGUUCGAGGAUGAAAUGAAUUCCUACACCCUCAUCUCAGCUCCAACCAUCCUGGGCAGCAGUAACCUGCCUGCUGCUGUGCCAGUCACUCAGCGGGGGACCCUUCAGCCACCCAUGGUACUCUUGGAUUUCCCUCCACUUGCCUGCUUCCUCAACAAUAUUCUGGUUGCCUUCAAUGAUCUGCGCCUCUGCUGCCCUGUGGCCCUGGCACAGGAAGUGACUAGGGCCCUGGAGGAUGCUCUUGUCAAGGUAACCAAAACAAUCCUGGCCUUCCAUCGCGUAGAAGAGGCUGCUUUCAGCAGUGGGGAGUAAGAGCUCUUUGUCCAGUUCUGCACUGUCUUCCUGGAAGACCUUGUUCCUUAUUUAAAUCGCUGUGUCCAAGUCCUUUUUCCACCAGCACAGACCUUAGGCAUUCCACCCACUCAGCUCUCCAAGUAAGGAAACCUUGGGCAUGUGAACAUCGGCCUCGUCCAGAAGCCUCUUGCCUUCCUCCUGCCGAAAAGAGAGCUGGUCCUCUGUCUGGAUGACAAGGAGCUGGCGCCGGAGCUCGCAGCUCCAGCACCCGCGCCACCGGCUGAGGUCCCUGGGCUGGACCCCAAAGGGGAGCAGGUCGUGUGGCAGGCGAGCGGAUGGGCAGCCCGAAUCAUCCAGCACGAGAUGGACCACUUGCAGGGCUGCCUGUGCAUUGACAAAAUGGACAGCAAGACAUUUACAAACAUCUACUGGAUGGAGGUGAAUGAUUAAUUUUUUUCUGCUGCAUCUGAGGAUUCUGGAAACCAAAACACAGACACUUGGGAUUUGAGCUGGGGUUGACUUGCCUGGUAUCAACUUGAUACUGGUUUGGUCUGACAGAAAACAGUGAAUUGCCAAACCAGGUUAGAGGAGUAUAUCAAAAAUGUUUGCCCUGAGGGCGCCUGGGUGGCUCAGUGGAUUAAGCCGCUGCCUUCGGCUCAGGUCAUGAUCUCAGGGUGCUGGGAUCGAGUCCCGCAUCGGGCUCUCUGCUCAGCAGGGAGCCUGCUUCCCUCUCUCUCUCUCUGGCUGCCUCUCUGUCUACUUGUGAUUUCUCUCUGUCAAAUAAAUAAAUUAAAAAAAAAAUGUUUGCCCUGAAAUCAGCUAUGGACAAAAUAUUACCUUCAACUUGAGAAGAAAAUGAACUCCCCUGAAAGAGUGAACAUUUCCUGAUGAUUUUGUUGGUAAUAAUUGGGGAAAAUAAAUAACCACUCUUAGUAGACAUCAUUUCAUAGACCUGUAUAAUGUACCCUGACCCAAGAUUUGAUAAUGACAUAGUCCCUAAUAUCUGAAAGCUUUGUUUAAAAAUGCCUGUUAAGACUGUGGUUGACCAUCAAAAAAAAAAAAAAAAAAAAAAAGGGUCAAUCUCAUGUUAAGUGCUCUUACUAUAAUUAGGAAAAAAAAAAAGAAAGAAUGAAAAUACUGAGAAGCAAAGCAUUGUGGUCAAGAGCACAGACUUCAAGGUUAGACAAAUGUGAUAUGGAUUCUAUUUCAGCCAACACCUGCUGUGUGAUACUGUUCAAAUUGCAACACCUCUCUUGAGUUUCUGACUUUUCACCUGGGAAAUGGGGUCAGUGAUUUCUACCUCAGAAGGCUGCAUGGAAUAGUUCACACUGCCUAACACAUAGCAUUAUGCAUAAAUACAUUAAUAGCCAUUGUAAGUCCCGAAUCUUUGCAAAAGGUAGUGUGUUUAUUUUAAGGACAGGAAGGUAGAAAGAAAUGGAAAAAUCUAACACAGAGUAGAGAACAAAGCAGAUUUUUUUUUUUUUUUUUUUUUUUGGUAUUACCUAGUUACCUCUUUUAACAUGGUAAUCACAAAUCUUUAGCUAUAUUUGUCUUAUGAUAGUAUUUGUGGGCUACCCUGGGAAUCCAACCAUAAAUAAGUACUGGAGACAUUGACCAGCUGUAAACUGAGGAAAGGCUGUUUAUACUUUAGAAAUUCAAGAUCCACAGUUAUUUAUCAAACCAUGUAACCAGCCACGUGUCAACUUCAUUGGACAUGAAAGAAAAGAUUGUUAAAAAACAGAUGCUAAGGGGCGCCUGGGUGGCUCAGUGGGUUAAAGCCUCUGCCUUUGGCUCAGGUCAUGAUGCCAGGGUCUUGGGAUCGAGCCCCGCAUCGGGCUCUCUGCUCAGCAGGGAGCCUCCUCCCUC